AUGGAUACACUUUUGGACGGGCACAGCCACGACGCCGUCCAGCCACCCGACCACGUGGAUGCAGCUGUGGCCGUCGCGCUCUUGUUUGGCGUCGUCGUGCUGCCGCCGCUCGUGGGCGUCCGCACCAUGUACACCAACUGCUGGUUCGUGUUCACGGCCGUCGCGCACGUGGUCGCGUCCGAGUCGGCGCUCGGCAUUGCCACGUCCAUGGGCAUCACCAUUAUGGUGGGCUGGUACUCGCUCCGCGUGUUCGACCGCUACGCCUUCACGGCCGUUCUCAACGGCUGGCUCGGGGUCUGGACCAGCUCGCCCGUGCUCGGCGUCGCAGCGCGUGUCGUGGACUUUGUGCUCCAUCUGCUGGUGCCCAUGCUGCUGGUGUCGUGCUACCUGCCACUCGUUCGCGUGUGGAUGAGCGUGCCUGCGCUAAUAUCGUCGCGACUGUGGAGCCACUUUGUUGUUGGAGGUGGCGUCUUCCCGAAAGCUGAUCACAUCUACCGGUUCUCCCCGCCGCGGUCACAGCACUUUUGGAACGCGGCUUACAAGAUGGAGCUCAUGCUAAACCUGCUCGUCCCUCUCUUCUGCGUGCUGGCGCAUCAGCGGUCUUUCUGGGUGUACGUGGCGACGGCCAUUGCAGGGGCGAUCUUGUUCUGUCUGCAGCUGAUCCGGUCGCUGUCGUUACCAAAGCUGCGGAAGAACGCUAAGACGAUCAUGUGUCGUCUGCUGUCCAGUGGCGGCAUCCGACCGAACGUGGACUUUGUCGUCCGCAACGACUCGUUCUGGCUGGACUGGAUGAGCGAGGGGCUCGUAGCUAUUGGUGAAUCCUACGUCGGUUGUCUGUGGGCGACCAGCGCUGCCUGCACGCUGGACGACAUGGUUGCGAGUCUUCUGACCAUCCCUAUGGAGGGCAGACAGGAGAUGUAUCGGUCCUGGAGUGCUCGUUUCGUCGCACUUGCAGCGCGCUUGUUCAACUACCCACCUUCGUCCAUGGGUCUUGUCGUUGGUGCUGUGUCGGAGCAAUUCGACCUCUGCCCAGAGUUCCGGCAAGCUUACAUGGACCGAUACUUGCACCAAGGCUUCGGGAUGUGGACGCCCGGAACAGCCACGAUUCACGUCGCUCAAUCGAACAAGCUUGCAAACUUGGACCAGCUGCUGGAUAUCCGGGCUGGUCACACCGUCUUGGAUGUCAGUAUCGGAUCAUGGGGCGGAGUGGGCUGCUACCUCGCUCAACAGCACGCCGAUGCUACUGUCGUAUGCGUGCUGUCGACGAUCCAGGAACUCGCGCGCGCGAAGAAAUUCGCCCGCGAGCUGGACGUCUUCAGUCGAAUGGAGUUCGUGCUCACUGAGACACCCGACAAGCUCUUGGCGCUGUUGGACGGAUAUCGUGCGUCCAAGUUCGAUCGCAUCACACUGUGCGGCGUGAUAGAAACGAUACCGGACACGCAGCGGACGCGAUUCCUGCGAGCGCUGAAGCGUGUGCAGACCUCGAACGGCUCGACGCUGCUCGAGCUGAGCGUGUGCACGGCAGCGCACAUGACGACCCACGCCUGGACGAACAAGUACGUGCAUAGUGCGUUCCCGUGCUACGCCAUCACGUUGCCGUGCGUGCGUCGACUGGCUGGGGAGACGGGCUUUACACUGCAAGACACGCUCGGCUACUCGGAGCACUACGAGCGCACGUUCCUCGAGUGGAAUCGCCGCUUCCAAGCGCAAUGGGGGCACGACGCAGCAACGGACGAUCCGACGUCCCCGUUGCAGCCGAUGCCGUCGCUCCCAGAGUCGUUCAAGCGCACGUGGGAGUUCUAUUUGCUGCACUCUGCUGCUUGUUACCGGUCUCGAGCACUCCAAGUGUUCCAGGUCCGAAUGAGCUGA